AUGGCGGUCAAACUGAUCCUCGUGUUACUCUCCCUGCUUCCUCACAUCAUCAUCAUCUUCUCGGCAACCGCCACGUCAGCAAAAGACUACGACACGAAGGCCUACGUGAACUCAUGGUGCCGGACAACCUUAUACCAGAACCUGUGUGUCCGGUCGCUGUCUCGCUACGUGCGUUCACGGGCGAUACAAACCCCACGGGACCUAGCCCGAUUCGCGCUCAAAGCGAGCCUAUUCCGAGCCAAGUACACAAAGGCGUUCUUGUUGAAAGAGGUCAAGAACCUGGAGACGACACUGAGGCCCCAAUACUACGCGCCGGUUCACGACUGCUUGACACAGAUGAGAGACAGCGUGAACCAGCUGAGCCUGGCUAUAGCGGAGUUGGAUAGGGUGAACAGGAGAGGCGGGAAGAGCCAAGGGGAUCUGGACUGGCACAUAAACAACCUUCAGACGUGGACCAGCACUGCUCUCACAGACGCGGAGACUUGCGUGAGUCAGUUCUCGGGGCGUAGGAUGAGCAAACUGAAGGCUACGAUCAAAGGGAAGGUGAAGAAUGUGGAGGAAACCACCAGCAACGCUCUCGCGUUCAUCGAGCACUAUGCUGCUGCUAGGUACAGAGCCAGACGCCCCUGA